AAUAAAACGUUUUCAUUUGGCUAUCUGAUGGUGGAAAAGAAUCUUACAUGGUUUCGAAAAUUGCUUGAACAUACGCUUCCAGCAGAAAGUGGAGCUGCGGGUGAAGAUGGCUCGAAAUCCAUCUAUGAACGCUUAAAAAAUAUCAAUCCUCGAAAAACCCUCGGGACAGUUCUUGUACUAUGCGGUUGGAAGCUAUACUUCAACAUGUAUCAUCCGAUGCAUACACUGCCGGGUAAAAAGAAUUUCUUGGGAUUCGACGAUGACGGUGAUGAUGCUAGUAGCGAUGAUUCAGAUGUGGAUAAAGCCUCGAAGGAAGAGAUUCAGGCACUGCGAAGAGGCCAGCGAAACCUGAAACUGGAAGAUGUACUGAACGGCCUUCCGAAUUGGCUGGAUCGAUUGAUCGAGGGAUCGAUUAGGCGGUACUACAUACCCGAAUGGCCUGACAAUCUUCGAUGA